AAGCUGCGUGGUUGGCAAGUGUCACUCAGUCUUGGAGAGAAAACAUUUGUCACAGAUACAGAAAAAUGUUGGUGCUUCUUGUCUGCAGCUUUUAUGUGCUUUGUGUGCAGAGCGAGGUAACUUUGGAACCUGAUAAACCUUCUUUGAAAGUUGAAGUCUCUUACACGGCCCGCCUGGAGUGCUGCUACAACACCAGUGGGUCCAAAGAGUUUCUUUGGAUCAAAAGCUCCAAAAGUGCAAAUAAAAACAUAGUAACUCACCCUUUACCUGACGCUGUAACGGAGAAUAAAAAGGGUGAAAGUGGAAUACACUGUGGCGUUCUCAUCCUCCGUUCUACCACACUGAAUGACACUGGCUUUUACCGGUGCUUUCUCAAUGCUAGUGUAGUUUUCACCCAUGGCACUUACCUGCAAGUCUAUAGGCGUCUUGAGAAGACCAUAAAACUGAGUGAAAGUGUCAAGAAUGGUAUCCUAGCCACUGAGGGGAUCCUGCUCCUGUUAUGUGUGGUGCUGCCUUCAAUCACACUGCUUUUCAAGUCUAAAACCCUGAAUGAUCUGGAGAAAAAGAAGGUGAAAAAAGAAGAGGAGAACAUAUACCAGGGCCUAAACCUGGAUGAAUGCUAUGAUGCAUAUGAUCAGCUUCAACAAGAGCAUGAGCAAUAUGAAGACGUGGGCAGCAAUGAAGACAUGCAGCUUGAGAAACCUUAGACCAAGCCCAAUUUAAUACCCUGUUAAUUUUUAUUCACAACAUGGCAGAAAUAAUCUAACUAAUUUGAAUACAAUACUAUUGAAAUAUCCCUAAUGCAUAUCUGUUACUGUCUGUCAGAUGAGAUUAUGAAAAAUAACAGCUUUUUUAACAAAUAUUGUCAGAAUUCUCAAUGAGUUUGUCUAACUGUACACUUCUUAAUAAAUGGGCGGGUCU